UCAAAGGCUGUUUGUCUUGGUCGGCUGCCUAUUUGGGUUAAAACCAAGAUAAAUGCGCACUGGCUGGAGCUGCUCACAAACACGCACGUUUCGGCGGAUCCUGGGAGGAGCGCGCCGUGUGCCCGGCUCGGCUCACCCCCAUCCUGUCGUGAUUCAGCAAGUUGCUGACGGAGCCGCACAGGGCCCGGAGGGAACCACACCAUCUCCGUCCGGGAGCACGUCUUCAAGGUCCCCGGGUCGUCCAGUGUCGCAGGCUGGACUCCUAGCCCAUCCCCGCGGGCCUGGCGGGACGCUCGCCCCGAGGAUCCUGGCGUUUCCAGGAGACUGUGGACAGCCAGGUGGUUCCCGCACUGCCCCCGCAGAGCCUGGUCGGACCCCGCGGGGGGACGCAGGUCACGGGCAUGUGCAGGCCGCCCCAGGGGUUCAGGACCAGCGCUGUGAGCCCCACAUCACAGACACGCAUGGUCCCUGCUCGGUGAGACACCGCGCUCGGGAGGGGCCUCGCGCCUCCGCGUCUGUGCAAGGACUGCCCAGAGCAGCUCGGGGUCAGGCGGACGCUGGUGGGUGGACAGAGGGAUGCACAGACGGACACGGAGACGAUGAUCGAUGGUCCCUAGAGCCGGGACGGAGCCGCGUCCAGGAGUUCGGGGAAGCCCGACGCCGGGGCCGAUACCCGCGGUGCCCUCGUGAGCUCCUCUCAAAACGAAGCAAGACAAGACUGAAGAUCUUUGUUCCUCCGCAGGACGCGGAUCAAACUGUCAGCGCCGUGGCCUCUUGCUUCCGCUCCCGCGGUCACUAGUUUAAAGCUCAAGCCACUUGCUGGCCGCCUGCCGCGCACGGGGUGCAGGUGCUGAGAGAUGCGCGGAGGCCGCCCACGCGCGGCUGGUCCCAGGGCACGCGGCAGCUUCGGGGCACGGGGCACCGGGUGCUGUGGGUCCACACUGGAGGCCGCACCGGCCGCGGGGGGAGGAGGCUCCUGCGGCUGAUUCCUGGGCAUGGACACAUGGGAGCGUCCCUCAGCCAGAGCAGCCCAGGGACCCGCACGGGUCAGUGGGACAGAGACCCCGGCCCGGGCCAGCCCCCGUGCUUCCAGGAACUGGGAGGUGCCCGGCGUGGCUGCAGUGUAGACGCAAGGCCCUGAGGCGGGGACACUGUGCAGGCCGCGCGGCAUCCACCUGCCGGCUCGAGUGGACCCUGAGAACCAGGACGGGGCCGGGCGGCGUCCUGAGCGGAGCAGUGCCGGGGCCUCGGGGCAGGGCUGGCCACAGAGUGGGUGUGGGGACAGGAGCCGCCCCGAGGAGCCCCGGCCAGCGGGCCCUGCCACAGGUGGGGUGAAGCCUCAGGCCUGGCGGGCGGGGGCCGUGGAGCAGGGCUGGGCCCAGGCCCGCGGGGCAGCCGGUGCUCAGGGCGGGCACAGCCCCAGGGUGGUGGACAGGCCUCUGCGGCGGGUGCAGAGCCGGCGGGAGCGCAUGGGGCUGUGGGUACACGCGGGCCGUGAUGGCGAGGCCUGCGGCCCCAGGACCCCUGUCGGCAGGUGUGCCAGCGUGGCUGCGGGGCAGGGGGCGGGAAGGAGGCCCGGCCCCGCUCCAGGCCCAGGUCAGGGGGUCGGGCCUGGAGGUCAC